UUUGUGAACUGCAAGUAACGAUUUUGACUUGAAACGGAACAUUACUGUCAUUCUAUAAAAAAAAAGUGUCAACUGUCAAAUGUGGCGUCAAAUUGUCUUUGUCAAUCAAUCAUCACACAAUCAAAUCAAUCAAUCUCGAAACAAAAUCAACAAAAAAGGUAUUCAAGUGUGUAAAUAAUUCUUUUAGAAUUUAAAAAUGGACUCCAGCGUGGAAACGAUUCAAAAACUUAUGAAAUGGAUAUCGAUAAACACCUACGAGAUUGGUAGUGCACAUUGGGUUGACGUUACUCAUAUCAACAAUCCUCACAGUUUUUACGUUCGACCAACUUUUUGCCGUAGAUAUUUGCCUAAAAUAAAUGACUUUAUAGAAAAUACACUUCCAGACGAAAUGAUUGUGGGUUCAAUCGUAAUUUACAAGUCGAAAGUGUUGCAAUGUUACGUACGAGGUCGUAUCAUGUUCGUGAAAACUGAGAAUGAUGUUACAACGUGUGACUUUUAUGCCCUAGACUUCGGUUGUUUCGAAAAGCAAAUACCCUGGAAUAAGACUCGUCAACCGUGUAUUGAUACUAUCGACGUUCCACCCCUGGCUUUACAUUGCCAGUUGGCAGAUUGCAAGCCCUUUGAUGAGACUUGGAGCAUGAGGGCUAUAGAAAGCAUGAAGUUCUUUGUAGGAAAAGAGCGAGCUAGAAUGUUAAUUAGAGGCAAAACUCCCGACGCUCUCAUUGUGGAACUUGUUAACUCGUGUCCUGAAGACAUUGCUACAAUGUUAGCACUCAGUGGUGAUACUACCCUCGGUUAUAGUGAUAAUAUGAUCAGUAGAUUCUCGCAAACAGAACCUGAAAAGCAUUAUUACACCUAUAAGGAGUAUGAUUGUGGCAGUACAUUGACUGUGAGAGUCCAAGCAGGUGAUUCUCUGGAGGGUUUUUAUGUAGCAGAAGUAAAGGAUUACACGGUUUAUUUUAAUGAUAGAGAAAACUUUACAUAUUUCUGUAAAAUUCAAAAGGAUUUGGAGCCUGAUGAUGUGAAAGAGGAUAUGGCCGUGGCAGUGCUAACGAUGGCCAAUGGGAAAUAUGAGCGUGGGCAUAUUAAGGAAGUCAACAAACAAGAAGAAAAAGUGACAGUACUACUGGUUGAUUGGGGCAAAACGGUAACUGUUCCGUUCAUGAGACUGAAACCCAUGACAAACGAGACGUUUUUCCUCCGUCCUGUGCUGGCGAUGUAUUGUAAGGCAGAAAAAAGUCAAGCUUGGGACAAUGGACUGAGCAAAUUUUUGUUUCCUGGCUAUCAAUUCAAGAUAACUAUUGUUGAAAGUGGAGAUGGAGAGGGAUUACCUUAUGUUGUAAAUCUAGAACCUCUGAAAAAAACUUAAACCUCUUUAUGUUAUUUUGAUUGGACUUAAAUUAUAUUAGAAGAGAGAUUAAGACCUAAAA